UAUAAAAAGUCAGCUUGCGCGUAAACGGCGCACAUUUUUCCUCCGCGCGCAAGAUGAGUGCUACAUCAGUCCGCCUCACUUACAUUGUUCUUCUUCUUCUUUUUAUCGGCCGGGUGUCUGGGAAACUGAUCCAGGCCGCUGCAGGAGACGAUGUUAGGUUUGCCCUGACAGAGAAGUGCAAGACGGGAAAAGUCACACAUCAGCUAAUGGAUGGCACCGAUCAGCUGGUCGCCUUUCUUGACGGUGUCUGGAAGCCGGGACCGGGUUACAUUAACCGGGUGGUUUACAUCUCCGACUCUCUGAUAUUAAAGAGAGCAGAUUUCAACGAUCACGGCUAUUACUCGUUUACCUGCAACGACAAACAGAGGGGGGAGCUGGAAGAGUUGCACGUUUUUCUGCCCUAUAAACUUGUCGCACGCCGGGAUGAAGGUGCCACCCUGCCCUGUCGCUCCGUUACAGUCGGUCAGGCUGUGAAAUCUGUGCGCUGGAGGAGAGACGGAAAGCUGGUGCUGGAGCUGAAUCCUCUGUCUAAGCAAAUCACCUACGGGGACGGCUAUAAUGAAAGCCGAGUGUCCAUACCAUCAGACUGGUACCAGCGAGGAGACCUGUCCCUCACCGUGAAGCGAGCUCAGCUCCGAGACGACGGAGUGUAUUACUGUGACGUGGAGAAGACAGAGAAACACCGCUCUGCUGUCCACCUGCACGUCUCCACACCAUCACCACCACCACCGAGCAGCACCUCACAGCCUACAACCACACCGACGCCAUCAGAGUGCUCCGACUGGUCGUGGAGAACAUUCUUCAUAACGGCAGCUGUCUUUGUGAUCGUUGGCCUGCUGGUUUGGCUCUGCUGGUUUCUGAGGGACAGGAAAUUUAAUGUGCGCACUCGAGGAGGAGGAGGCACUGAAGAGGACAGAGAAUCAGACUGUGACCAGCACAGGAUGCUAAAGUCAAAUGGAAACCCUGACUUUACCCACAACUGAUGAGUGAAAAAACAACAACAGCUCAUCCCUUUAUUAAGUAUUUGAACUCGCCACCUUUAUGACGGCACCACUGUGCAACUCCACUGUCUCAGGUUUAGAAAUCCUCCGUUUUCCUUCUGCUCAGGCUGACUGCUGUUACAAUGUUUGAGAUUGUCUCUAUUAUUUUGUGUUUGUCUUCCAAUCAAUGAAGUAAUGCCUGUAAAUCAUCUGCUUACAUAAUCAAUGCAUAAUUUAGCUUCAAGAUGGAUGAACGAGAUCUCUUCAGUAACAGAAUCAGAAUCGUGUUUAUUGGCCAAGUAUAUGUGCAGACACAUACAGGGAAUUUGUAUAUUGUCCUGCCUGUUUGUACAGAUUUAGUCUUUACUGUGUUUACUUUGCUAUUUGUAAAAAGCUCAGGGAAGCUGCUGUGUGCCAAUAAAGUUUUAAGUGGAUAAUAAAGUGACCUGAUGAU